AUGGAAUACUAUGUGCCAAAGUGGUGGUUACAGUUGUGUGUUUUAAGCUCCUUUCUGAGUGUCGUUAUCUCAUCGAUAUCGAUAUGUCGACAGCUGAUAAACUACAGAAAACCAAGUGAACAGCGAUUAAUCGUAAGAAUUCAAGUUAUGGUACCGUUGUUUAGUGUAACUUGUCUUUUGGCGUGUUUUAAACCACAGUGGGCUCAGACGUGGACGGAACCCAUAAGAGAAAUAUAUGAAGCCUUCGUGAUAUACACAUUCUUUUCGCUUUUGACACUUAUUCUUGGCGGAGAGAGAAGAAUUAUUACUGAAUUAUGCAUGGGAAAAGCUGCGGUACGACACCCGAUCUGUUUCAUUGGUGCGGUAUUGCCUCGUGUCGACAUGUCGAGUCCCUCUGACUUUUUGGCCGUGAAACGAGGCAUCCUACAAUACGUAUGGUUCAAGCCCGUAUAUUGCUUAGCCAUGACUUUUAGUUACAAGUAUGGUUGGAAUCAUAGGGUUUGGAUUGUUCUGUAUAACAUUUCUGCAACAUUGUCACUCUACGAUCUGGCUCUAUUUUGGAAGUGUCUUUAUAAGGAACUGCAGCAGUACCAUCCAUGGCCGAAAUUUCUGUGUGUUAAGCUCAUCAUUUUUGCCUCCUAUUGGCAAGGCAUGGUGAUCAGUAUUUUGAGCUACUAUGGUGUGAUCGAACAAAGUGCAGACGUAGAUUACGGAUAUGUUUACCAGAAUGCCAUGUUAUGUGUGGAAAUGAUUGGAUUUGCAGUAGGGCAUUUGAUCGCAUUUAACUGGGAACCUUAUUCUGCAAGGAGUUUACCUGGAGCGGCGCGUUUGACAUUUGGGUAUGCCCUGAGAGAUUGGCUAGGCUUUGGCGACCUUAUCUGGGACUUCAAAACGACUUUUCGUGGCGACGACUAUACGCACCGAAAUUUCGAUUCAGCAGAAGCUGUUUUAGCCAUGCAAAAUAUGCGGACGAGAAUGCAUAUGCUCAACGAGGGCCUACGGUUUUCUGAGGGAGGCAGGGAAAGGUACUGGAUAACCAAUAAUCGAGGUCGUCCAUCGCAGGUUACAUACGGGACCACAAAUGAGGAAGACCCUUGGACAGAAUUUCUUGGUGACGUUCGGGGUUACAUUCCCGAAGAUCCUAAUUAUCCUAUAAUAUGGGAUGUAGACGCUUAUAAGCAUACCCGAAGUAUGGCCAGACUACGAGGCAACUUAGAGACGCCGCAAAGUGUGUGA